UUUUUUUUUGCUUAACACAAUUAUAUAAAAAAAUGUAUAUGUUACAUCCAUCUACCUGAAUCCUCCCAUGCCAGGUUCCCUUGAUCCUAGCUAAGUAUUGGUAAUCUCUAUGAAUUGUACUAGUAUGACCAGAAACAUAUUGCCAAGUGUGCACUGAAUGUACAUAAGAUAUUUUCGGUAAGUAGGAAUCUGGAACUGGCAUUUUGAAGUCUGUAAGUCUCAAAUGCAAAGUUCCCUUGGUCCUAGACAAUCUCUACAUCUCAAUCAGACAAAUAAUAAUGUGUCUGGAGUCUGGACAAAUUGUACUCCUAUAGAUACAACCAUGAGGGUACUCAGAAGUCCAUGCUGAAUCCAUAUAAGAUUUUUUCAGGAAGUAAGGAUUUGGACCUGGCAUUCUGAAGUAGUGAAGCCUGAAUAACCAGAUGCCAAGUAGCUUUGAAACAAGGUAAUCUCCACAAUUCACACACAGACAAAGAAUGAACGAAUUGUUUUGUACUUUUAUGACCACACAUAUGUUUGCAUCAAAGCAGCACACAUCGCAUCAAGCUUCGUUUUCAGUUAUUUCCCUUCUUUAAAUGCACUUGUUUACUUCUAGUUCCUUCCAUUUUACAUGGAAAAAAUAAAUAUUUCGAUGUUCACAGGGAUCCAUAUCCCUGUUAGCAACUUUAUGUUUUCCUUAGUCUAUACUCUAUAGUAGUAUAGUUAUAGGAAGCUAGGUUCUGGCUCUUGCUUAAGCUUAGUAUUUAAAAAAUUUAGAUCACAUUGCAUAUAUAAGAAAUUAUAUGCACGUAGGAUUAGAUCCUAUUUCUACAGAACAAAAUUUUAUGUAUAAUCGCAGCUUCAGGCCUUUAAUCAGAAGCCUGAGAUAUGAGUUAACAAGUAUUCCCUCCAACCUAGGUAAUCACUUCAAGUGGCCGUCAGAUAGGUAUACAUCAAAGCUUUAUUACACAUUUAACAAGCUUUGUUUUCAGCCUCCAUCUUUAAAUGCAAUGUUGUAAGCUAUUCUUGUCCACAACCUGUUAAAGGACUACAAAAAGUUGAUUGGAAUCCUCUACCCUUGUUGCAAUGGAACAGCGAUCUUUACUAGCCCGUGUCUCACGGGACACAUUUGUUUCUUUUGUUAAGCUCUAACCAGUCCACAUUCUGGAUGAAAGCAGAAAUGUAUGCUAACAAUGCUUGACUCAAAAAUUUAGCCUUCUUGUGCAAACAAUGGAAGCUUUCUUUCUGGAUCUUAGUUUGGGUUCAUAGUUUAUGUACAAGCAUUAAAGCUUCCCUUAUAGAAAAAAAGUUUUAUAUACAAGCAUGAAAGAUGCUACUUGUACAAUACGGAGCCUCCUAUUCAUGACAAAAAGUUGAUAUGAUGAUAUGAUGGUUCAGCUGAAUGAUUUUUAGCUGACAUUGUCUUACUACAUUUCAUGUUCAGUUAUUCUGGAAUCCUAAAUACUCCCUUCAUUCCAAAUUGUAAGAUGUUUUGUCUUUUCUAGUUACAUAGCUUUUGCUAUACACUUGGAUAUGCAUUGUAUCUAAAAGAACGUCUUACAAUUUAGAACAGAUGGAGUACUUGUUAGGCUGUUACUUAAAAUCAAUUCUAAGAUGUGGUAGCAAAUAAACCUAACAGUAUAAGUGUCUAUAUCACCUAUUAAAAUUUAGACAAUAACAGAUGUUGAAAAUCCAGAAACUAGACUUGGUAUGAAGCAGCAAGUUAAAAUCUAAUAUAAACUGAACCACUGAGUGCAAGCGGAAACCAGAUAGCAUUGGUUGCCCACAUAACACUUACUGCUUGCUAUCCUUGUUGAUUUGCAGCUUGCAAGACACACACAUGCUUGUAAUGGCAAUGAAGCAUACGUCCUUCCUUCCGUACCUGCUCCUCCUCACAACCUUGGCAUCCUGCGAUGAUCAAUUUCUGUUAUCUGGCUUCACCCAAUCCAGCUUAAACCUUGAUGGUUCUGCCAUCGUCACAAAUGAUGGCCUCCUUGAUCUGACCAAUAGCACUGCAAUUACCAACGGUCACGCAUUCUACCCCAGCCCUUUGCACUUCCGCAAAUCACCUGAUGGUAAAGUUGAAUCCUUCUCAGUCAAUGUUGUUUUCAGCAUCUUCAUCACAUACCCAGACUUGAGUGCUGACGGCAUGGCCUUCUUCAUCGCACCUACCAAGAAUUUCUCUGAUGCACGGGCAGGCAAGUACUUUGGCUUGCUCAACGAAAACAACAAUGGAAACACAAGAAACCACAUCUUCAUGGUCGAGCUUGAUACCUACAAAAAUGCUGAGGUACAAGAUAUCAACGACAACCACGUUGGAAUCAACAUCAACGGUGUAUUCUCCUUCAAAUCCAAUACAUCUGGCUUCUAUGAAGAUAGUGGUGCCUUCCGGGAGCUGACACUGAAUGGAAACAAGGGAACACAACUGUGGAUCGACUAUGACAAGAGUACUAUGCAGAUCAAUGUGACCCUGGCUCCGAUCAACGUGCACAAACCAUCCAGGCCACUGCUGUCUACAACCUAUGAUCUCUCAACUGUAAUCUCCACCUCAACUUCAUACAUUGGAUUCGCAUCCGGAGCUUCUCCCGUGAACUCCCGUCAUUAUGUGAUGGGCUGGAGCUUUGGCAUGAAUAAACCAGCCCCACCCCUUGACGUCUCCAAGCUUCCCAAGUUGCCUUUCCAUGGCCCCAAGGCCCAGUCCAAGCUCUUGGCAAUUGUCCUGCCGAUAGCCACUGCAACGUUGAUCCUCUCCAUAGGCACUAUUGUCACUCUGGUUGUCCGAAGGCGGCUGAAGUAUGCUGAGGUGCGUGAGGAUUGGGAGGGUGAGUUUGGUCCACAUCGGUUUUCAUACAAGGAUUUGUACCAUGCUACAGGGGGGUUUAAGAAUAAGCACCUGCUUGGAGAAGGAGGGUUUGGGAAAGUAUACAAAGGAGUCCUUCCAUUAUCUAAUGUAGAGGUUGCUGUGAAGAGGAUGUCUCAUGAGUCAAGACAAGGAAUGAAAGAGUUUGUCACUGAGGUUGUUAGCAUCGGUCGACUCCGCCAUCGCAACCUUGUCCAGCUACUUGGCUACUGCAGGAGAAAAGGUGAGCUGUUUUUGGUUUAUAACUACAUGCCCAAUGGUAGCCUUGAUAAAUAUCUAUACUGUGAAGAGCACGGUGCUAUUUUGAACUGGGAACAGAGGUUUCGAGUCAUCAGAAACAUCGCUACCGUCUUGCUGUAUCUCCAUGAGAAGUGGGAGAAGAUAGUGAUCCACAGAGACAUCAAGGCAAGCAACGUACUCCUAGAUGGUGAAAUGAACGGCCGCCUCGGCGACUUCGGCCUUGCAAGGUUGUAUGAUCACGGCACUGACCCACAAACAACACAUAUGGUUGGAACAAAGGGAUACCUAGCACCCGAGCUUCUGCGCACAGGGAAGGCGUCCCCUCAUACAGAUGUCUUUGCCUUCGGCAUGUUCCUUCUUGAGGUUGCGUGUGGGCAAAGACCUGUCAAGAAAAAUGCAGAGGGGACUGAAUUUUUCUUGGUCGAUUGGGUGCUCGAGCACUGGAAUAAUGGUGUUAUUACAAAGACACUGGAUUCAAGGCUUCAGGGUGACUACAACAUUGAUGAGGCCCAUCUUGUGUUGAAGCUAGGACUCUUGUGCUCGCACCCACUUCCUAGUUCAAGGCCUAGGAUGCGACAAGUUAUGCAAUACCUCGAUGGCGAUACGCCACUACCCGAGCUAAGGCCAACGCAACUGAGCUCGAACAUGGUUGCCUUGAUGAAAAACAGUGGACUCAACUCAUCUGUCGUGUCAUAUCCGCAAAUAUCGACGAGCUUCUGCACAAUAUCUAGCCUCUCGGGAGGAAGAUGAUAUCUGCCAUUUUUCCGUACUUCAUUACUUAGCUGUUUAGUAUGUGACGCGUUUAAUUUUAUUGUAUAAGUCUUUGUAUUUUUAGGUGCCCACGGGUUGUAUGUUUGUCUGUUUAGUGCGGGGAUUUAUGUCUGUUUGUCUUUUGAAUUCUUUAGGUGUUGGCAGUAGUUUCUUUUUAACGGAACAUUUUUCUU